AUGAGCGGCAACUAUCACUCUUCCGGGCAUUUCGUAGCACAGUACAAUCAAGACCUAGGAAGCGGUCCGCUGGUCGUGCCAGCUGCGUGGGCUGCCAAACUGUCGUCCAUGUCUGGUUACCACAAAAACCAAGAGCAAUAUGUGUAUGGUAAGUGCGUUGCGGUUCAGAUGACGGGUCGGACGGGGCAGAUGCCACCGCCUGGUCGGAUGGACCCGGUUAGGUCCCACGUGAGUACGAGUAGCAGCUCGACUGACCAGCCCACCCUUCCAGACGCCGAAGCCACAAGACCGAAUCAGCUUCCGAGCUACGGGGGCAUUGCACAGCCUUCAUUCGCCUCGCAAUACACCGACGCGCCCGCGCGUUUGUCCCAUGAACCUGCGAACGUAGAAAUACCCUUUAUCCCUAGUUCGACAUACGAGUCACGCGGCACCGCCUAUCCAACCGACUCGUCAUUUAUCGCUGCAAAGUCUCGUCAUCCCGAUUCCUAUACUCUCACUGAGUCCGAAAUAAGCAAGCACGUCCAUCCUUCGCAGGGUGUCGCUGGAUCUAAAGUUCUUCUCCAACUGCGGACGAGAUUUGAUCUUGAGGCUGACCCGCUCAAAUAUACCAUCAUGUUUGGGGAUAGGAAGUGCGUUGCCGCACUGCAAAAGGUGGAUCAAGAUGACGAAUUCUACCAUUACGCUCUCAACGUUGAGGUCCCGCCGUUUCCGCUCACCAACUCGUUCGACCCGACAAUGAUGCUCAAGUUGCAGUGGGAAGACAGAGACGGACGACUGAGCAGCUCGAUCAACGCCGGAAAAUUUACCUUCAACGACAUGGCUGAUCCACAGUAUCAGACCUCACCAGACGUUGCCAGGAUGAAGCGCAAACUUUCCAGCGAUUACACUGAUAGUCAGGACUACUCAGAUCAUGCCGCCAAACGUACACAAUCCAUGCGCUUUCAGGCCAAACCACGAUCCAUGUCUGGCACAUACUCGGCGACAUCCGUAUCGCCGCUUCCAGCUCAGUCAUCCUUGUCCAGCGCGUAUGGUUACGGAGGAGGAUAUGAGAUGGCGAAGCAAACGAGCUACACUCCUCAGAUCUCUCAAAAGGGGCUGUAUGCUGUUCCCUCGGGCGGCAGCAUCUCGCAGAACGAGAUGAAGCCACCGCAAAUGUCGCCACACUUACCUACUUAUGGUCAAUACAGCUCUCUGGGGCAGAGAAGCCCAGCUUCAAUAGCUGUCACGCCUACCCGACCCACUGUGCUAUCAUCGCCUUCGGCCCUCCCAACGCCAGUGUUAGUCCGCGCAACGACAUUGCCGCAGUCCACAAGUGCCCCUUCCGGUCAACCCUUCAAUCCUUACCUGAUGUAUCCUACGAAAGCCGUUCUGAAGAUUGAUGGGGACCUGGACACGAUGAUCGAUAACUGGACGCAGGAUGAGCGAGAUGCCCAGCGGCGUCUUGUCGAGUUCAAGAGGUCUCAAUCCGGCAGUACCAUUAGCACUUCGUUUGCUCCGAUAACUCUUGAGACUAGGCAACAGCGCAGUAUUUGCGUCAGCUGCAUCUACUGGGAAGAGAAAGAUGAGUGCUUCAUCACUAGCGUGGACACCAUCUAUCUUCUGGAGCAAUUGGUCAACGUUCGAUUCACAGUCGAGGAGAAAAACCGCAUUCGCCGGAACCUGGAAGGUUUCCGACCUCUCACGGUAUCGAAGGCAAAAUCCGACAGCGAAGAGUUCUUCAAAGUCAUCAUGGGCUUUCCCAACCCUAAACCGCGUAACAUCGAGAAAGACGUGAAGGUAUUCCCCUGGAAGAUACUGGCGCAUGCGCUCAAGAAGAUCAUCAGCAAAUAUACUGCAAAUUACUCCUCCACAGCUGGCGCAGGCUCCCAUCCCAUGGGAUCUAGCUCGGGCUACGUGCAGGUUCCUAUCUCGCAGACGACCCGGGACGUCCAUCGCAAUACCUCGCCGCGAUCGGUUUCCAGCUCGGUAGCAUCUGCCGCAUAUACUCCAAGCAUACACUCCACAAGCCUAUCUCCACAUCUCAGGACGUCAGCAGGCAUGGAUGGAUCAGCAGGCCAUCACCUAUCGAUCGCGCCGCGAGGUCCCACAGGGCAGGUUAUGAGUCAGUGGGGGACCACGGCUCGUCACCAGGUACCGCAGUACACAACAGGGCUUACUCAAGGGCGCGACUCUUGGGAGUAUGGCUAUCUCCAAACAUCCUCCGCGACGGGUGUGCCUGCGGCCGCGCAACCGAUGCAGAUGCAACGCUCAGACGUAACACCCGAAAUCAACCAACUCUCAGCCGACAACCCAUACCAACAGUAUGGCCAGCGCACAACCCGAGUGUAG